GAGAUUCAGAAUUGAGUCCGAAAAGAAAAGAGGCGAAUUGCUGAACUUUUUUUUCUUUAAAAAAAAUUUUUUUUGAUGGAGCGCAAGGAUAAUAAUCAAGCAAAGGCUCCCCAAGGAGAAGCUGCUAGAAUAUUAACAGAAUUUCUGGAGGUUGCUAUCACCUGCAUAAUUUUCCUCAAAGGAGUUUAUCCACAUGGGGCUUUCGAGAGGCGGAGAUACAUGAAUGUGGUGGUUCACAGAGCCAGACAUCCUCAGCUUAGAGAUUACAUCCAUUCCUCUGUCAAUGGACUUCUUCCCUUCAUACAAAAGGGAUUGGUGGAGAGGGUGGUGGUAAUUUUCUUUGAUAAUGAGGAUUUCCCCAUUGAGAGAUUUGUUUUCAAGGUUAAUUUAAACCUUUCCUACGGUUCCAAGGUGGAACAAUCUGACCUGGAGUUUUCUCUUAGAUCAUUCUUGAUCAAGCUUCCUGUUUCUGAGUCUCUUACUAAGCUUCUUCCCCGAGGUUGCAGGUGGGAGAUAACAGCCUAUUUUCGUGCUCUCCCUGAGGCUAGUACAAGCAAAGAUUCUGAACUCAUUUGGAUUCCUACCGACACAAAGCAGUGGCAGCAACCUCCGUUGAUAACCCCAAUCAAAUCCAUGAACAGUGAACCUCUUGGUGUGCAUCUGUGGAUGAAAAGCAAAAAUGUCUGCAAGCUUGUAACAGCGACAACCCCUAAGAGAGUCCCUUGUUGCUCUGUGCUUUUACAAGAUUCAGACUGAAGAAUGGGUUUUUUUGAUGAAAUCUUUGCCUUAACUGAUGAGAAGACGUUCGACUUUGUAUCAGACAAAUGUACAAAUGAGUGACAGCUGCAACGUUCACCAUAGGUGUCAUUUUUGCAUGGAAGAACUUCUAUUGUAUGGUCUUGGUCUCCUUUGUGAAUGGAUUGAACUGAAAAGACUCUCUGGAGUUGGCAAAUACUACUAGCAUUUACUUGAGAUUGCCAAGUCCAAAAUAUUAGAAGAUCAAUGUACAGCUCUUGUUACCGGGUGAAUGGAAUGGUUUGGUUUGUUGUGGUACAUGACUUGUGCCUUGCAAUUAGUUGCAAAUUCUGAAAAAGUGGGCUCUAAUUUUCUGAGAACAGGGACCAGAUUGCCAAACGUAAUCGUUUCUCAAAAAUCUGUGGUGGGUUUUGUAGAAUUUUUUCUUGUGUCUUUGAGUGCAUUGACCCAUUUACCAAAUGGAAUUCUUUCUCAAAAAUUUGUGCUUAGUUUGUAGAA